GGUUUUCCGCGAUGUCGUGUGUGGGGAUUCGGUCUUCGGCUCCGGGGUUGGUCGGUGACCAACUCCAUCCUUGCCUUUAACCGAUACCCACCAAAACCCCGCCUCCCUUGGUCCAGUCGUCCGGGAGGUUUACCUCGUUUUUUAGGGUCUUAGCCCAUGUCUUCUUGACCAGAGAAGUCUUGUGUUAAUCGUUUUUUUCCAUCGGCUCUCGACUUCCUGCGCCGAUUCUGAGAUGAUGAUGCGGAAUAGUCUGGAUAGGCUUGCGUCCUCUUGCUGGAUGGCGCCGCAGGCCAUUAUCUUGCCUAUGGCUAGUUUCCAUAUCUCUUGUUGGCCCGUUGCUUCGCAUUCCAGGAGGAUAUGUUUCAUGGACUCAAGGGUGUCUUCCCCGCAGUGGCUACAGUGCGCCUUUUCUUCGUGCCCUGGGAUUCUUUUCCAGUGUUCUCCGACCUUGUACCCGUCAUGGAUUAGCAUCCAUAGGAAGUACCUCACGCUUCUCGAGAAAUCUCGGUGUCUGGUGGCCAUCCAUACUUGGGCUUCCGUCGCUGCUCCUUUUGGUUCUGGUUCCUUGAUAAUGGUUUCCUCCUGUGCGGUCUCCAUGUUACGUUUUGUCGCCUUCCGUUCCAUCGAUUGUGUCAUCGCUUUUAGCUUCGCGCCAGGAAGGAUUAGCGAUUUAUCCACGCAUGUAUCUAUGAUGUCUGCGUUUUCUUUUUGUCGUCCUGCGUCCGCUAGUCUGUCCGCCGCUUCGUUUCCAUGGACACCGGUGUGUCCUUUCACCCAUCUAGGAAGAACCCUGUGUCUUCCAACUUCUUAAGGCUCUUA